AUGAGGAAGAAAGAGAGAAGUUGGGCUGCUGAUGUGGAGACCUUUAUUUCGUCGCGCGACAAGAAGCCUAGCACUUUCUACAUCUACAAGCACAUAUACUGCUUAUAUGCAAUAAUACAAUCACAUGCUCUCGUCACUGGAAUAGCAGAAGACUGCUUAGCGAAGUAUCGGGAAUAUCGAAGCAGCAGAACAUCGUGUUACGUAUCUAGCCAUAACCCUCGGGGGAGCUCGAGUAUCCACCGUGCGGAUGUACCUACGUACCUCGGCGGCAACCGCAAAAGUAUCACACCCGACCGUGACCCUCCCAAAGCCUGUGUUCAUUAUUUGCGCAACGGCACCCUGUCCGAAUGCAUUACAGCGCGCUUUUGUCUCUUGCGCCAGGGAGUCUCGAAUUUUCAUUCUAAUUACUGCACCACAUUCGUCUUCCAUCUCGAUUCCGCGACUCCGAACCAUCGCAUGCUACAGCAUAACAACUUUUCUCUCCCUCACUCGGUUUACGGCCAAGCUCCAGCAUCCAUGCGUCACAGUCUUCUCAAUAUAAUCUUUUUCUGCGACACGAGAGCUACCUGCUCUCGUCACCCUUUGCGCGACGACCAUCGCCCCGAAAUCAAUCCAUAA